CUAAGCCUACGGAGAGGGAAGGGGGCUAAACCUAAACCCGAUCCGAUUUUUCAACAGCCAGCCUCCCCGACUCCAUUCCACCACACCUCCCCCCUUCACCCCGUCUCCGACUCGACUAGGGCGCACGCCUACGCCGCCGCCCCCUCCACCGCCUCCGCCGCCGCCGACGAGCGGGAGGGAGGACGGGGCUCUCGAUCUCCGCGCGGGCCGCGGGGGUACGCACGCACGACGCGAGGGGCGGCCUCCCCGUUGGGGGAGUCAGAUCCGAGCUGAAUCGGGGGAUUUCCCGGGCAGUUUCUUGGCAACUGCAGGAAGGAAAAGGGUGAGUGUGAAAUAGCUUCGCUUCUUCAGGUGAUAGAAUAAUGGCUGGCACUUUGAUUGAGGACAAUGCUGGGGAUAGUAGAUCCUCAUCAACUGAAGAGAUGCCAAGUGAUCAACAGAGCCAUUCCGGGGAUUCUUUAACUGAAUGGAGGUCAAGUGAGCAAGUUGAGAAUGGGACACCAUCCACCUCACCAGCUUACUCAGACACUGAUGAUGAUGAUUGUGGACCAAGGCCUUCUGAACUUUAUGGGAAGUUUACAUGGAGAAUUGAUAAUUUCUCUCAAAUCAACAAGAGAGAGCUAAGGAGUAAUUCCUUUGAUGUUGGCGGAUUUAAGUGGUAUAUCUUAAUUUAUCCACAAGGAUGUGAUGUUUGCAAUCACCUCUCUCUCUUUCUUUGUGUUGCGAACCAUGAUAAACUACUCCCAGGUAGAUGCAUAGAUGGAUGCAUUGUGUUUGAUACACUUCACUUCGUGACUAUCAUGUUCUUCAAUAUGAUUUGCUUUUGUUCAGGUUGGAGUCACUUCGCACAAUUUACAAUAGCUGUAAUUAAUAGAGACCCUAAGAAAUCCAAGUAUUCUGAUACACUACAUCGAUUUUGGAAGAAGGAACAUGAUUGGGGGUGGAAAAAGUUUAUGGAGCUAUCAAAAUUAAAUGAUGGCUUUGUUGUUGAGGAUGUUCUUACUAUCAAAGCUCAAGUUCAAGUUAUCAGGGAGAAGGCAGAUCGUCCAUUUCGUUGCCUUGAUGGCCAGUACCGAAGGGAACUAAUUAGGGUUUAUCUAUCAAAUGUGGAACAAAUUUGCCGACGCUUUAUUGAUGAAAGAAGAAGCAAGCUUAGCAGGUUGAUUGAGGAUAAACUGAGGUGGUCCAGUUUCAGUGCAUUCUGGCUAGCAAUGGAUCCAACUGUGCGGCGACACAUGACAAGGGAAAAGACUGACACUAUAUUGAAAGUUCUAGUGAAGCACUUCUUUAUAGAGAAAGAAGUUACGUCAACCUUGGUAAUUGACUCACUAUACAGCGGACUGAAGGCUCUUGAAUACCAGAGUAAGAAUAAAAAGGGGAUACCUAAACUAACAGAGACCGAUGCUCGAAGCACUCCGAUGGUACUUAUUGAUCAGGACAUGUUUGUUUUGGCUGAUGAUGUGAUACUUUUGCUUGAGAGAGCUGCAGUGGACACACUGCCGCAUCAACCGUUGCCUACAAAAGAUGAUAAAAGUUCACAGAACCGCACAAAGGAUGGCAACUCAGGUGAGGAGUUUAACAAAGAUUCUAUUGAGCGCGAUGAUAGACGGCUUAUAGAGCUAGGCUGGAAGACAUUGGAGCUUUUUGCCUUAGCUCAUAUAUUCAGCCGAAUAGAAGUGGCAUACCAAGAGGCGGUGGCUUUGAAACGCCAAGAGGAGCUCAUUCGUGAAGAAGAAGCUGCUGGGCUAGCUGAAAUUGAACUUAAGGCAAAGCGGAGUGCUGCUGAAAAGGAAAAGCGUGCUAAGAAAAAGCAGGCAAAACAGAAGAAAAACAGUCGAAAAAGUAAUAAAGGGAAAAAUGGCAAGUCUGACAUCAACAAGGAAAUACUUAUGGACAGUAGUCCAUCUGAUGAUAGGAUCCUGGACGAUUUCUCUGGACAAGCAGAAGAAAUGUCCUCAAAUGCUGACAACCCUGAAGAAGUCUCUGAUAUAUCUGACAACAGAGAUGAUAAUUCAGAUGCACUUCAUGUUGAUAUUGAAGACCGCGAAUCUAGCCCUGUUAAUUGGGAAACAGAUGCUUCAGAAACUCAAGCUACUGUGCCUAGAAGUGGUGAGGUGCAAAAUGACCAAGCAGGGAAGCGGACCUCUUUUGUGGAUGAUAGCUCAUCAACUUGUUCAUCGGACUCAGUUCCCUCAGUUAUCUUGAAUGGAUCAUCCACGGGAGGUGCCUGGACAAAUGUCAGAUCCUCAUCCAAUAGGGGAAACAACCGGAGGAAUAAGGAUACUGAUCCACGAGCAGGACUUGCACAAGGUGGACCAAAUUCAGGGUAUAAUGGUUUUAUAGGAUCCGGCAGCAAUGCUUCUGGCAACUCCAAGGAGAACAGACAUGAAUCUGAGGAUGAUAAAGUUGUCUUGCAGAGGAAGCAACAUGCACAACGCCAUGUUGAUGUCAUGAGCCCCUCCAAGUCAAGAAUGGCGGAGUCUUCCUUUUCUUCUGUGAGCCCUGUUAAGAAGCAACCUAACUUAUCCCAGCAACCAAAAUUUUCACUAGAAAGCACCAAUAGUUUGAAUCACCGUGCAAGCCAAGUUUCGGGUGCUGUGACUGCCACUACAAUAGCAGGUGUCACUUCAACCCCGGCAGCUCAGAUACUAUCAAAUAAAGGGCCUCUGUCCAGUCCUGCGAUCCACAAUGAGAAGUCAGUUCCAAUUGCAAGUAGACCCCUGCAGGUCCCUGUACACUCCAAAUCUGAAGCGCAGAAAAAGGCUUCCCUGGAUGGCAGUGCAACAACCCAGGCUGUUGCAGUAUCAAGGCCAUUGAGUGCCCCACAAGUCCCUGCAGGAAAACAAAGUGCACCAGUUACUUCAACAUCUCAGAGUGUACCCCUUCUUUCUCGUUCAAUGAGUGCAGUCGGACGGUUGGGAAAUGAGCCCUCGGCCAAUGCUCCUAGCUUCAUUCCCCGGUCACGAACUUAUCGCAAUGCCAUGAUGGAGAAAAGUUCUGUUGGUGGAAGCAGUUUUACACAUCAGCCGAGUUCAUUGGAGCAAGGAGUUGCACAUUCACAAUCAUUGUUUUCAUCCCAGCCUUCCAUUCUGUCAUCUGAAACCUUGUCUGGGAAAGAGGAAACAUCAUUGAAACCUGGGUUUACAUUUGGAACUGUCAAGCCCGAGUCACUGAACCAGUAUCAGUGCAGAGAACAGAGCUCACAGCAAGCAAGCAGCAGCAGCAGCAGCAUCAGUAACAGUAGUGAUUGUGCUCCAUCGAGUUCGAACAUCAGAAGUGAGAUUGCGAAGCUCAAUUUGAAUGGAAGAUCACGAAGCAGGCAGCUGUUGUCAGAAAUUUCUACCAGAUUUACUCCUUUUCAACCGCAAGGCCUGGUUGCUGAUGAGUUCCCACACCUAGACAUCAUCAAUGACUUGCUGGAUGAGGAGCAGAGCGACAGGAGAAGGGUUCUUCGACCUGGAUUCGCUCAACAUUUCUCUAUGCCCAAUGAUGCCAGCAGCCCUGAUUAUGGCUUGUUCGGUGAGCCAUACCUGAUUGAUCAAUCCGAGCCAUACCUCGAGGAGGAGCCUCCUAGGUUUUAUAGCACAUUGAGCAGUGCUCCUCGGGGGCUGAGGGACCGGAGUUAUUCGCAAUUCGAUCUCCCUUCAUACUCCAGCAGCGGCCAGUUUGAGGAUCUGAUGAUGAACCAAUGGCCAUACAACCACACUGAAUUAUCCAUGCCUAGCUUUUUGUCAGACACAAGUGGCUACCCCUAUCAGUCGCAGGAUUUCCCGAGUUCGGCAAAUGGAGCAAGCAGAUACCCAUCCUAUCGCCCUGCCAAUGGGCACUGAGAAUUUUAAUGAUUGCAUUGGUAAUAAUUUGUGGUCGAGUCCAUGCUGUUCGCUUCUGAGCUGUGUAAUUGUAAUAGUUCCCCAUAGCAGUGAUAUAAAGAAUGGUUCCUAAGUUUCCUUGUUCAAUAGUUAUACCUUCCCCCCUUACUUUCUAUAGAUCAGUUUUGCCCGAUGGUAAUAAAUCUAAGUCAGUUAAAAUGGUAUGGUUAAUCUAGUUAAUCACAUUGUGAAAUGUGAAUGAUGCAAGCAAUGGUAUAGCAGCUUUUUUAAGCAA